GCGUACCGCAUCACCAGUGGAGGGCGCUCUUCAGAACGAAUGUAGGCUCUAUAAUCUUUAAGGGAGUAAAGGUGUUGUCCGGGUCAUGCAACACGCACCAGUUGCUAAGUCCCUUAACACCUUUCUGACAAAGCCACUACAAAAAAUCAGUCCCUUUGUUUAAAUAUACCAAAUUGCGUGACUCGAGACUCUUAGUUACAACAUGUUUUUCUACAUGGCUAUUGGAGUUCUCAUUGUAUUAACUGAAGCGAAACCAGCCACAAAACCACCCAGUGAAUGCUCAGAAACAGAGUUUGGAUGUUGCCCAGAUAAUACAACUACUGCUAAAAGUUCAGACAAAAGUGAUUGUCCUCCUCCUUUAGUCAGCGAAUGUUCAGAAACAGAGUUUGGAUGUUGCCCAGAUAAUACAACUACUGCUAAAAGUUCAGACAAAAGUGAUUGUCCUUCUUUAGUCAGUGGAUGUUCAGAAACAGAGUUUGGAUGUUGCCCAGAUAAUACAACUACUGCUAAAAGUUCAGACAAAAGUGAUUGUCCUCCUCCUUUAGUCAGCGAAUGUUCAGAAACAGAGUUUGGAUGUUGCCCAGAUAAUACAACUACUGCUAAAAGUUCAGACAAAAGUGAUUGUCCUCCUCCUUUAGUCAGCGAAUGUUCUGAAACAGAGUUUGGAUGUUGCCCAGAUAAUACAACUACUGCAAAAAGUUCAGACAAAAGUCAUUGUCCUCCUCCUUUAGUCAGCGAAUGCUCUAAAACAGAGUUUGGAUGUUGCCCAGAUAAUGCUACUGUUGCUGAAAGUUCCGACAAAAGUGAUUGUCCUCCUCCUUUAGUCAGCGAAUGCUCUAAAACAGAGUUUGGAUGUUGCCCAGAUAAUGCAACUGUUGCUGAAAGUUCCGACAAAAGUAAUUGUCCUCCUCCGGCAGCCAGUGGAUGUUCUGAAACAGAGUUUGGAUGUUGCCCAGAUAAUAAGACAAUAGCCAAUGGACCAGAUCAUCAAGGUUGUCCUACCGAGGCAGUGGAUGAUUGCAAGUCUUCCAAAUGGGGUUGUUGUCCAGAUGGAAAAAAAGUUGCCAAGGGCUCGAAUAAUAAAGGAUGCUUUAAACGUGACGCUCGUGGCUGCAGAUCUUCUAAAUACGGCUGUUGUCCUGAUGGAAAAACAUUUGCCGAAGAAGAUGACGCAAACUGCUAUAUAGGUCCUUGCGCUAGUUCAAGAUACGGUUGUUGUUCAGACAAUGUGACAGCCGCAAAAGGCCCAAAGAAAUCAGGUUGUCCCUAUUUCAAACCAAGUUGCGAUAAGACCAAAUAUGGUUGCUGUCCUGAUGGGAAAACGAAUGCCAAGGGCCCAAACAAUAAAGGAUGCCCCAAUAGUAAGCCUGAUGCCACCUGCAAGUCUUCAGAAUAUGGUUGUUGUCCUGACGAAGUAACAGCUGCCAAGGGUCCAACAAAUAAAGGAUGUUAGAAUGGUAGAGUUUUUGUCCAGACGGAUUAACGGCUGUUAAAAGAAGUAGAGCUAACCGCUUGCUUUGAAAGCUGGAAAAGAUGAAUGCUUUGAUGUCGAAUCCAUCGCUAUUGUGAAAUAGUUGAGCAAAUAAACAUUUUCCCC